AUGAUGUUCCCCGGCCUCCUCGCGCCCCCAGCCGGGUACCCCAGCCUCUUGCGCCCCACGCCCACCUUAACAUUGCCCCAGUCCCUGCAGUCGGCAUUUUCCGGCCACUCGAGCUUCCUGGUGGAGGAUCUGAUCCGCAUCAGCCGACCCCCCGCCUACCUGCCCCGCAGCGUGCCCACCGCCAGCAUGUCGCCCCCUAGGCAGGGGGCCCCUGCGGCUCUCACAGACACAGGGGCCUCGGACCUGGGCUCCCCGGGGCCAGGCAGCCGGCGGGGCGGCUCACCGCAGACGGCCGUCUCCCCUGCCAGCGAGCCCACGUUUCUGAAGUUUGGAGUGAACGCCAUCCUUUCUUCGGCGCCCAGAACUGAAACGUCCCCCGCCUUGCUCCAGAGUGUCCCUCCCAAGACCUUCGCCUUUCCCUACUUUGAAGGCUCCUUCCAGCCUUUCAUCAGAUCUUCUUAUUUCCCAGCGUCCUCCAGCGUCGUGCCCAUCCCGGGGACCUUCUCCUGGCCACUGGCCGCCCGCGGCAAGCCUCGCAGGGGCAUGCUGCGUCGAGCCGUGUUCUCCGACGUGCAGCGCAAGGCGCUGGAGAAGAUGUUCCAGAAGCAGAAGUACAUCAGCAAGCCCGACCGCAAGAAGCUGGCGGCCAAGCUGGGCUUGAAAGACUCACAGGUGAAAAUCUGGUUCCAGAACCGACGCAUGAAGUGGCGGAACUCCAAGGAGCGCGAGCUCCUGUCUAGCGGGGGCUGCCGCGAGCAGACCCUUCCCACCAAACUCAAUCCGCACCCGGACCUCAGCGACGUGGGCCAGAAGGGUCCCGGGGACGACGACGAGGAGGAGGACGAGGGCCCGGGCAGCCUCCGCCGCCGCCUGGCCUAUCAUCACCCGUCCUCCGACCCUCGGCACCUGCGGGACCCGCGCCUCGAAGGGCCGCUGCCCCACUCGCCCGCGCACUCUGGCAGCCCCGACAAACCUUCGGACUUCUCCGACUCCGAGGAGGAUGAGGAGGGCGAGGAGGAGGAGAUCACCGUGUCUUAG